AUGCCUGAAGCUAUUUAUUCCAACACCAUUCCAAGAUCCAUCUCAAGAUCAGCACAUAAAGUUGAAAAUAGAAAUUGUUUCAUUGAUCAGAGAGAAGCUAUCUGUAUGGUGCUUUUUCUCUCUGUUCUCCUCUUCCUGUCUCUGCUGGCUAAUGCGGUGUUGGCUCACCUGUAUUAUAGCAAUGGCCUAGACUGGCUAAUAAGUUGUGAACCAGUAAAGAGCUGUUCAGAUCAAGAUGUUGACCACAAUGCUCAAAUUGAACCGUUCCUUCACAAGGAUAUGGAAAACAGGUCCCAAGCACAUCACUGUCCCCAAAAAAAUUUCCCAGAGAAGUGGGUCCAGGACAAGGGCAGAUUCUAUGUUUUCUCCACUGAUGUGAUGAACUGGAACAGCGGCAGACAACGCUGUCAGGAUCUGGGUGGAGACCUGGUCAUCAUCAACAGCAGUGAGGAGCAGAAAUUUCUAGCAAAUCUAAUACACGCUAUUGGCGCACAAACAUUAUAUUGGAUUGGUCUGACUGAUAGACACACGGAAGGUGUAUGGCUGUGGGUGGACGACACCAAGAAUCAUCUUAAUUUCUGGGCACUGCCUCCUGAUGAUCACAAAUCAGCUGACAAUCCUCUGGGUGAAGAUUGUGUUGUAUUGAAUGGACGAAUGUUUGAGGCAAAGUGGGGAGAUGUUUUUUGCUUGAGGGAGGAGAGAAGCAUUUGUGAAAUUCCAUGUUGUUAA